AUGGCUGAACACCAAGAAGAUGUUGCCGACAGGAAUACAACGACCGUGGUCUACGACAAGGAUGAGGAAAAAUAUUCUGCUGCCAUCGACACCCUGAAGGGUGCUCAGAGAGCAACUGACAAUGAACACGGAAUGACUCUCAGAGAGGGUAUCCGCAAGUACCCCAAGGCCGUAUUCUGGUCAAUUUUGUUCUCGACAGCACUCAUCAUGGAGGGAUUCGACCACGCAUUUGUCAGUGGUUUCUUCGCGUUCCCGGCUUUCCAAAAGCGAUACGGCGAGCUCCAGAGUGACGGUACCUACCAAAUCCCCGCAGAUCUACAAUCCGGUAUAAGCAAUGGUGUCAAUGCUGGAGAAAUCAUUGGUCUAUUGAUCAACGGAUUGGUUGCUGACUGGAUCGGUUACCGCUGGGUUAUGAUGAUCUGUCUGCUGCUCAUGACGGCUUUCAUCUUCCUUCAAUUCUUCGCAACUAGUAUCUACAUGUACAUGGGGGCCGAAAUUUUGUUGGGUGUGCCGUGGGGUGUCUUCCAGACCCUGUCGACAACAUACGCCGCUGAAGUAUGUCCUAAUGUCCUGCGACCGUACCUCACGAUGCUGGUUUCUCUUUGCUGGAGUAUCGGCUAUCUUCUGGGUACCGGUGUGCUACGUGCUUUCCUUUCGUCCACUGGGCAGUGGGCCUACAGAAUUCCAUUUGCCCUUCAAUGGGCGCUACCUAUCCCGCUUGCUAUCGGUAUCUUCUGCGCCCCCGAGUCGCCUUGGUGGCUUACACGGAAAGGCCGUAUGGACGACGCACGAAAGACUUUGCGUCGCCUACGUUCCCAGGAUAGUUCGGAAGCAGAAGUCGAGGAUACAAUUGCGAUGAUGGAGCAUACGAUCAAGAUUGAGAACGAGAUGAAGGCAACCAGCAAUUAUUGGGAUCUCUUCAAGGGCGUGAACCUGCGUCGCACCGAGAUCACAGUGUUCGUCUAUCUCAUUCAAGAAUUAUGCGCCCCGCUCGUUUCUUACAUCGUGUACUUCCUGGAGCAAGCCGGUCUUGCCUCCGCCGCAUCUUUCGAUUUCGGCAUGGGAGAGUACGCCUUGGCUAUUAUCGGUGUUUUCAUUGCCUGGUUCUUGGUUCCAAAGGUUGGCCGUCGCACGUUGCUAUUGGUCGGCACUGGCUUUUUGACCUUGACUACUUUCCUCAUUGGCUUCUUGGGCAUUCCGAGCAUAUCCACCCAUCCAAACAUUGGCUACGGAAUUGGAAGCAUCCUUUUGAUUCAAUACUUUGUCCUUUUUAUCACGAUCGGUCCUAUCAUCUAUACCAUUGUGACUGAGAUUCCCUCCAAUUUCCUUCGAACCAAGAGCGUUGCGCUCGCGCGUGCAGUAUACAAUAUUGGUGUUCUUGUUUAUGGACAGCUUAUUCCGCAUAUGGUUCAGAAUGCGGCUUGGGAAUGGGGCGCUAAGAGUGGCUUUUUCUGUGGAGGAAUUAUGGCCAUUGGUUUUAUUUGGGCUUAUUUCCGUCUUCCUGAGACUAAGAACCGGACUUUCGCUGAGAUGGACAUUCUUUUCAAAAACGAAGUCAAGGCUAGAGACUUUGAAAAGACGAAGGUGGAUCUUGCGUCCGAGACUGUUUCGCAGGAUUGA